AUGCAACGUUCAAUCUCCUCAGCUAAAAAUGUCUAUCGCAACAUCCUCCAGCACCAUAGACCACCGACUGCCGCCAUCGUUACAGGCCCGCAACCACCAUGUGAUGUGUUUAUCAACCACCGUGGGAUCGACACCAAGAAGAACAUUGCGGGGCUUUUAUAUGAUCAUCUCAUGAUGUUAAAACUAAGGCCUUUUUUAGACAGUAAAAAUAUGAAACCGGGUGAUAAAUUGUUUGAAAAAAUCAACAAUGCAAUCACCGAAUGUAAAGUUGGCAUUGUGGUUUUUUCUCCACACUACUGUCAAUCUUAUUUUUGUUUGCAUGAAUUGGCGCGCAUUACAGAAACUAGGAAGAGGGUAAUACCGGUUUUUUGUGAUGUUAAACCAUCUGAGCUUACUGUUAUAAACCAAUGGAAUACACCUAAAUAUGAGCUAGAUUGUUUCAAAUCGGCUCUCGAGGAGGCUAAGUACACUGUUGGCCUAACCUUUAAUUCGUCUAACGGGGACUGGCCAGGAUUUCUAGUGACCGCCACAGAAGCUAUUAUCCAGAACAUGAUAGAGGUGGAAGAGCAAAAUCAAUAA